GCCCAGGUUACAGGUGAAGAGCCCAGGGUACAGUUUCUGGGUACAGGUGAAGUGUCCAUCAGCAAGGCCAAGCAAAGCCGGAGCGAGAAGAAAGCUAGAAAGGCCAUGUCCAAACUGGGUCUGCGGCAGAUCCAUGGCGUGAACAGGGUAACCAUCCGCAAAUCCAAUAAUACCUUGUUUGUCAUCACCAAGCCGGAUGUCUUCAAAAGUCCGACUUCUGACAACUACAUUGUCUUUGGGGAAGUCAAGAUUGAAGACCUCUCCCAAGAGGCCCACAAAGCGACCGUGGAGCACUCGCCCCUGAUCACUGAAGCGGCGUCGGCCCUCACCAUCAAGGAGGAGAGUGAGGAAGAGGAGGAGGAAGAGGUGGAUGAAACGGGUCUGGAAGUGAUAGAUAUCGAAUUGGUCAUGGCACAGGCCAACGUCUCCCGCCCCAAAGCCGUCCGAGCCCUUCGUCGCAACAACAACGACAUUGUCAACGCCAUCAUGGUGAGUG